AGGCUGAACCAAGAGGUUAAGCCCAGAGUUUCCAAAAGCAGGAGUACCGUCAACAGCAUCCAUGCGAUGGAACCUCAAGAAGUCACCCAGUCGUCUCUUCUGAGAGAUGAUGAAAUUAAAGAAAGCAAUGAAGCAGCUGCAUGGAUAGUCUCACAGGAGAUGAAGGAGAGAGAGGAGAACGAAGGUAUACAGGGCUAUGCUUUGUUGGGGGCCACGGCUGCAGAAGGAGAAGGUGCAAACGAAGAUGCCAGAGAUGAAACUACUGCUGGCAGUUCAGCCUCAGUAGAUGACAUAAGCCAUGAUGCUGGGACCAGCAACAAUAGCCAGGAUAAGGGUCAAGGAGAGGAGCUGAUCCCUGGGGCCACACAGGUUCUCCCGAGUCCAUCAGGCCAGCUGCCCCGCAACCGCUACAGGUUCACCGAGUUCCAGCUCCAGGAGCUGGAGCGCAUCUUCGAACGCAAUCACUAUCCCAGUGCUGCGGCCCGAAGGGAGCUCGCGAGAUGGAUAGGUGUGACUGAAUCCAGAGUGGAGAACUGGUUUAAGAGUAGGAGAGCCAAAUACAGGAAAUGCCUGAGGAUGUAA